UGAAUGUUGACACUUUUUGCCGUCAAUGGCGUAUAAUAGAUGCACCUGUGUCGAUGUGUCAGAAAAAUUUUAUACUAUAUUGGAUUUUAUAUGACGUUACAGUCAAGCAGUGAGAUGUAAUUAUAGGAGUGGCAUUUAUAAAUUAAUUGUAAUAGAUAGUAGUGUCGUAGAGAACGUGACCAUUCUAAUUACGGAUGUUUAAAACUGGAAUGUUCAAUGGCUGUGAAUAUGGAAGUAGAAAAGAACACAUCCAAAGAGGUUGACACUCAACUUUCGGCAAACAAUUCAAUGGAAUUUAAUGACGAUAUUCAAAAAGACAACGAAAAUAUUAAAGAUGUCGAAGAUUCAUUGUCUUCCCUUAAAAAUAUAACGAUUGAUAGCGAGAAACGUGAUGAUACUAUUAUAUACGCACAAUUUGAAAAUUCUCAAAUUUACGCGAAAAAUUUAGGAGAUAACCUAGUGUCCACAAAUGAAGAGGAAGAAGAAAAAAGCGAUGAAGAUAAGGAAAAGGAAUUAUUACAAGAUGAGAAGGUUCUAAAAGAUGAUUGUAAGACUGAACAAGUAGAAGUAACAUCAGAAAACUCUACUGAUGGUUAUGUAUCUCAAGCUCCAUUAGCUUUCACAAUUGAUUUUGGCAAUAAGGAAAUUGAUACAACUAAAUAUCAAAAUUUAUUUGAAAGAUAUAAUGCUAGACAUAAAAGAAAUUUGUCUACAUCAAAGGUAGAAAUAAAUACAAAAAAGCCUGGCGCUUUAGUUUCUUCAAACUUAAUGCAAAAACAAAAAGUUUCUAGUACACAUUCUGAAGGCUAUUUCAGUAGUGAGGAUGACACAAAGCGAAAAACAGAUCAAUUAUCAGAGAAACUGAAACAAUUAGGUUCAAAAUCAUUCUUAAAACCGUCACAUGCUUUAAAAAAGUCUGAAUCUAAUGUAAAAGUAUCUAAUUUUCAAAAUAAACAAGAUACAAUGAGUAAAUCUUUUGAACAGUCAAAACAACCUAAACUUCCUUAUAAGAAUCUCUCACUGGAACUUGGUUAUACAGAGAAAACAAAUGCAACAUCAUAUUGGGUACCACAAAAGUCUGCUACUAUAAAUGAUUUAAGUAGAAUUCAAGUAAACAAUUAUGAUGAUGAUGCUGAAAAAUUAUAUACAAAGAAUAUUGAUCAAGAUGAUGAAUAUGAACAUUCAUCUGACAAUGUAUCUGAAAAAGUGUCUAACAUAAAUUAUGUUAGAAAUAAAACCAUAAGCGUUAAGGGAUCCAAUUUAUCUAGUGUCAGCUAUACAAUGGAAGUAAACCCAGAUGAUCUAGCUGAAACAGAUAUAGAUGUUUUCAAUGUUAGUAACGUUGAUGGAGGAUCAGAUGAAGCAGUUAGUGAAGCAGGAACAUAUACAAUUCACAAAGAUUAUACAGAUGAAGAAAAAGCAAGAAUGGAUAUUGAUAAGAUAUUUAGUGUUGGUGUUUUAACUGAAGAAGACAGCAAUGAAGCAUGUAUUCAUAGUUUUAAAAUGAGUAUUUCAAGAGAUAAUAACACGUGGAUAUCUGAAUGGGCCACUCAGGUAGCAGAACAUAAUUCGCUACCGCCAGCAAUUGGUGGGCCAACCGGUCGUACUCCUCCAUUAAGUCCUUCCAAAAUACCAUCUCCUAUUCAUAGCAGAUCGCAACGACUCGCUCGUAGCCGCAAUGAACAAAGUGACAGUAGCUUAGAUGCAGAAUCAUAUUUACGAAUAAAAGAAAGAAUUGGUUUAAUUUCAAAUCAACAUAUACUUAUUGAUUCUGGCGGAGAGUCAGACGAUGAUACCAGUAACAGUUAUAAUACACCUCCACAAAGUUCACAAAGAACACCAGUACAUGGGGUUUUGGCCAGAAGAGGAAGUUUAUCUGAAUCUCUUUUUAGAAGAAUUAAUACCAACGAAAGUAGGAGAAGUAUCCGCAAAUAUAUAAGUUCAAGUAAAUCAAAGACUGAAGAUACAAAUGCUGAAUUAAGUAGUCCGUCCAAAGAGUUUACUUCCCUUCAUUUAGGAAGACGAAGUAGUUCCUUGGACAGGAGGGAUUAUACAUCUAAUACAACAGACAGUAAUACGUCCAAAAGAAGUAGUACGAAAUAUUAUCAAGAUGAUGAAAUUAAAUACUCAAAUAAUACAAUUUUAAAUCGCCUAAGACCGUCUACACCAAAAUUAACAAACAGUCCAAUUGUAACUCGCAAAACUGUCACUCACAUUGUAAACUCUCCAGUACUGGAAAGAACCAAGCAUUUGACAAAAUCUUCUCCACAAGCCAAAAAUAUUGGGUAUUUUACGUGUGUCGAAAAUAGUCCAUAUAUGUUAAGAAAAUCAAAUAGUACUGCAAAUUAUCAUGAAGGAAAUGUUGGUUUUAGUACAACAACAGAUAGUGUUCUCCAAAAUAGUCCAAAUCUUAAACGUAAUUUAAAUAUCCAAAGAUCAUGUAGCAAUGCAAAUAUUAGAAAUAUAAAAUCACAAAGCCAGUCAUCUCGUCGCAGUAGCUUUAAUAGUAGUGAUAUUGAUAGAGCAUCUUUAGCAGGAAGAUAUCUUGCUGCUUCCGACAGUAGCAGUGAAACUGGCGAACAACAAGCAAAAUCUUCAUUAGGCUCAGUUUCUUCUGGAAUUAAAUUAAAUCGAGCUUUUAGUAUAAGAAGAGCAAGAUUAAGUUGUGAAUCUGAUACAACUCCAAAUACAACUCCUGAAGAAAGACGUAGACGAGCACAAAGUGAAGUAAAACCAACAGCUAUAAAUAAACAGCAAAAUUAUCAUCGAAGUCGUACAAGUAUCGUGAAUGUACACAAUAAAGAAUCUGUAAAGAAAUCAGAACCUAUAAAACCAAGAGCUGCAUCGAUAUCAAGAACUGAUAGUACAAGACUUAGUAUGAGAGCACCAAAAUCAUCUCAGCAUGCCUCUACUACACAACGACCUAUACAAAAAGCAACUAAAGAUCAGAAGAAAUCUGGUAGAAGUAAUUCAACAUUGACAUCAAAGGAAGUAGAAUUUCAAAAUUGGAAAAGAAGGAAAAGCUAUGAUCCAAUGAAAGCAGCUGCUGAAGGUAGAAAAAAAUUAAUAGACAAUUCAAAGAAACAUCACAGUACAGAAGAUAGUUCGGGAAAUCAUGACAAUUCUGUAUUACGAUCAGCAAGUUUUCAUGGGACAGGUGGUGCUCUUUCAUUGGCUAAUGAAUGGUCUGACAACGAAUUAAGCAUUGCUCAGAAUGACAAUCAAGUACCUCCACCAUGCAGUCCACAAUUGGAAAGUGAUAGUGAUGUAGAAACAUCAUAUUAUUUACAAACAACACAAAAUGUAAUGUCAGCUAUGUCUGCUCGUAUCACAGUCUGCCAUUCACCUUUAGUAGACUCAGAUAAUGAUAGCGAUGAAGAUACUAGUCAUAGUUUACAUAAAAGUAUAUCAAAAACAUUACACCAACCUAGUGACACAGAGAGCAGCGACGAUCGUCAUCCGAAUGCACAAAGUGCUAUUUCAAACACUAAAUAUAAUCGAGCAUUUAGUUUACGCAGAGCAAGAUUAGACCUGCAACCAACAAAGUUACCAGGAAAUAUAAAUAAAAAUAAACCAGUUACACCAGAUACUCGAAAAUCUGAAUCUAUUUCAAACAUAAGUAGGACUGACUCUGGACGUUUUAGUAUGAGAUCAAAUAGAACUACGAAUACUGGAUCUAAGAUAAAACCAAAAGAAACGAAGAAACCCGCCAUGCCAAAUGCAAGAGAAGUUGAAAUGCAAAAUUGGAAACGUCGUAAAAGUUAUGAUCCUAUGAAAGCGGCAAUGGAAGGGAGAAGGAAAGCAGGUUUGGUUAAGAAAAAUACAAAUCCCAAUCUUUCUCCAAGGACCGAUAGCGAUCGAUAAUCUAAUGAUAGAGACCAUCGAUACAAGCAAGUGCAAUGUUGCAAGAUCACGCAGUUUUCAUGGAUCAUCAGGAUUUGGAGUUAGUGAUUGGAGUGAUGAAGAAUUGGCUAUAUCUGCAGAUGAAGCUACACUCUAUUAAAGGUCAAGUUAUUAAUAAUAUAUAAAUGAACGUAAUAAUAAAACCUCCAACUAUAUUAAUGUAUAUAAAGACUAAGAAGAGAGGAUCGGUUCUUACAGAAUUGCUCUAUGAAUAGUUCUAUACAUUUGAAAUUAUAUUAUCUGAAGGAGAAUGUUAAAAAAAUCUUUUCUAUAUUAAAAGAUUCUAUUUUUUGCAACUUUUAACAUUAAGAAUCUAUAGAUCUAUAUGGCUAUCAGUACUAUUCUAAGUUGAAGUAUUAAUGUUCAACAAAAUUGAUGCAUACCUGCAUAAUAUUUAUAUGCCAACAUUCUCAUGCUUUAGUUUUUUUGUCGUAAUAUAAAUUUUGAUUUCGUGUUUAAAAGGCGAAUACUCUAUGGAUAAAAAAUUAAUAUGCUGAAAUCCUCUGGAAUUUGUGGUAUGGAAAAUAUUGUAGUUCCAAUCUUAGGGCCUAAAAAUGAUAAAUACUAAAUAGAAAAAGAUCAUGUAUAUAAUUGGACCAAUCACAUAAUGGUAUAAAGAUUGAUAUCUUUGCAUUUUAGUAUUCAAUAUGUUAACUAUGUUUUAUUGUAUUAAGUAUCCUGUUGAAUUUCUAAAAAAAUUUUUAGUAAUAUUGCGUGCUCUCUAGUUUAUUAUAAUUAAAUAUCCUCUUAUGUGUUAUUGGAAUCAUUGUUACAAAUACUGCUAAAUUAUUAGUUUCUAAUAAACAUAAAAUUAUACGUACUGCUUGAAAAAUAGGAAAAGACUUCCAUAUAUUAUUAAUUAAUAUAUAUAAGCUCUCUCUGUGUUUCAGUAAAAAUAUUGAUAUACAUGAAAAGAAAACAAUACUAUUUGCUCUGAAAAGGUGCAAUGAAUUAUUAUAAUUUUUACAUUCGAUAAUUUAACAAAUAAUGUGAUCAGAAUAUGCUUUAAGAUAAUAGUAUAUAUCUAUUAAAGUAUUAUGUUUUGUUAUUGACUAAUUUAAUUGUAUGCUCUUGUAUAUAUAUUAGGAAAUUGUUUGAACUUAUUACUGAAACAAAUAUAUCAUGCGUAUUCGCUUAAUAAAAUUAAUGCGAUCAAUGCACUGAUAUUGAUCUGUAUAAUCUAGAAAUGGUAUUAAGCUCAUUAAUGUAUAUUGAUAACACUGUCUAAGAAAUUUUUAAUAUGUAUUUGUUUGAAAGUUUAUAUCAUUUGAUUAUGCAGCUUUAUUAUAAAUUUACUAGCUAUGUCAGAUUUUUACAAUAUUAAAAGAAAAUUAGCUUUUGCAUACUUUUUUUAGUUAUUAUUAAUUGUAUUGUAUUUUUACUGCAUAAUUUUUUUAAACAAAUGUAAUUUUUUUCAUUUAAAAUAUAUGUAUUCUGGCAUUUGAAAAAAUGUCAAAUUGUUCCAAUUUCUCGAAAAUUGCAUAUUGUAUAUUUUCAUAAAAAUUAUGCAGUAAAACAUAUUAAAACUUAUGAUUGAUUUAGAGCAAGCAAAUCAUUAUUCAACAAAAUGUAAUAUUUAUUUUUAUCGAAAAUUAAUAUUUAAAUGAUUUCAUUAAUAAUAAUUGUAUCUCUGCACAUUAUUAUGAUUAUGAUUGUUGUAUAUUUUAUCUAAUAAUCUAACAAGGUGCUAAUUGUAUGAGAUUUGUCUCAUUCAGUUUCAAAAUCUCACCUAUCUACUCAAUCAUAAAAUGUUAAAUAAUUCAUAGUGCAAAAAAAUAUGGAGUAAAUAUAAUUGAAUUCAGCAGUACAUCUUUCAUAUACGUAUCUACGUAUGUAAUGACGUUAAAUCUUCGUGCACGAUCAACUCUUCCGAAAAUGGUGCAAAAUAACUUUUAUGUUACGAAAUUAUAUGUUUACAUACAAAUUUUUAAUAACAUGUUAUUAUAGAUAUGUAUAGUGAUGCAUGUGCAUAGUAUCAUGACAUCUUGUUUUAAGACAAAUAUCUUCUUUCACGCAUGUUCUUCCUUUAAAUAAAAGUGGGCUUCCAUAGUGAAGAUCAUUGUUAUUCCACGAAACUAUUAUAUUAUUUCUUAUACAAAAUUAAUGAUCAGUCUUCUGUUAUUUGAUUUUAUAAUUCAAGGAACAAGAAUAAUAUUUUGUUACUUCAUAACUGAAUAAUAAUUUCUCUUGUUAUUAACUUUUUGGCAAAUAAAAAAGAUCUGUGGUAAAACUUCUCUCUUUUCGUUGUUUAGGUACAUUUCAUUAAAGCUGCAUUUUGCUAAUUUCAGUUUAUAAUGACUAGUUCCAGAGUAUUUUGUCGACACAACACAUGUAUACAUAUAUAUUCGUACAAUAUAGCAAAUAUGAUAUAUUUUUCUAUAGUUAUUAAUCAACAAUGAAUAUGAGUUUGAUCUGAUUGUUAAUUAUUUUGUAUAAUUUUUAAAAUAUGUAUUAUUUGUUUUUUGUAAUGUGCGCGUUGCCCAUGAUGUAACAACAAUAAUAAUUAGUAACUUAAAAUGUAUUAUAUCUUGACAUGUUUGAUAAGUAUAUAAAAAUAAAUACCAGAAGAAUAACGUAUUAAUCUA